UGUUGGUGGUGGAGGGGUAAUACCGGGGGAAGCGGGGGGUCUUACGAAUGAUAGGAGGGGCAGUUUAUUGUUUGAUGCUGGGCUGGAAGAGGAGAGGCGGUGGCAAUUGCAGCAAGAGCAACAGCAACAGCAGGAGCAGGCAGCGGUGGCGGUAGCGGUGGCGGAGGUGAGGGAUGGGUUUGAGACAAUGAAGGUCGGCGGGACGCCGCGGCACGAUGACCCCUCGACGGACCCGGAAGCACUGCUGCAGGUUAUCAAGCGCGUGAGGAGUAUACGGGGCCACGCGAGGCAGGAGUACGGCAAGAUCUACGGUGCGCUGGCGCCGUUCUACUUCGACCUCGUCCGCGCCAAGAGCCACACCGAUCCGCUCGUCUUCAAGGUGUUCCGCGACCCGGAGAGGCAGGCGCAGAUGCUGGCGAACCUGAGGACGUUUGCCAAGAGCGACUGGGCGCCGGGCUGCCAGAAGCGGGAGGAGAAGCUCGACACCAUGGCGAGCAUCUUCGAGAGCGCGGUGCUGCGCGAGUUCGAGCAGGGCUACGAAUUCUGGGACGUGGACGGGCGCAUGAAGAAGUACGCCCAUGUGCUGGCACUGCUGAACGGCAGCAAUGCCGCCGUGGAGCUGUUUGUCCAGAAGCAUCCCAUCUUCACCGACAGGGAGGUGCUGGGCAACCCGAUGGACUGCGUCAACCAGGCGCUGGCGGACAGCAUUACCCUCGAGCCGUCACGGCGCUUCUUCGAGGUGCUCAUGCAGAAGGUGAACGAGCAGGCGGCCAUCAUCGAGCGCAUAUUUCCGAACCCGGGCGAAGUGUUCUGGGCAUUCGUCGACAAGGUCAGGGAGGAACUCAUCAUGGAGUACGCCACGCUGUUGUUCGACGAGACGCACGAGCGGAGCAUCCCGUCCUACCUGAGAGCCGUGUCGGGCAUCUUCGAGCAGACGAUGCAAUUCCUGCGGACGCUGAAACCACCUAAGGGGGCCGAGGCGCAGCAGGAGGCCAUGGCCAAGGAGCUGGCGCUCAAGCUAUUCGAGCCGCACCUUGACCUGUACCUGCAGGACGAAGUCGACGAAUUCACGCGGCAGGCGGAGCGGGAGGUGGGCGACUGGGAGAAGAAGCUGUCCGAGCAAGACGCCAGCGCCGAGUCGUUCUACAUGGGCAGCUUCACCAACCGGCAAGCGGACAAGAAGGACUUCUUGACGUCCUUCAAAAAGGUGGUGAUGAUGCCUGUGACGGUGCUCCCGACGACAUUCGCUCUGCCGAGUCUGCCACUCGGGUCUCCCUUCGCAAGCACCAAACCGGCCGCGGCUGCGGUCGCCACGAACGGGAGCAGCAGCACGCCAAAGGCUUCGAGCCAGCAAGAUUCACGACCACAGUCUCCUGCCCCGGCCGUCCCUACCCCGGUAGCCGAGCGCAGCGUCAGCCCCUUGCCGGGUAAGGCGCCGACCGACGAACUGGCGGCCAAAGCGGCGCUCAUGACGUCCCGGCUCGAGGGAAUUAAGUCUCUGUUUAGCAUCGAGGUGGCGCUGAGCCUGGUGCACGCGGCGAAGGCGAGCCUGGGACGCAUUGCCGUGUUUAUGCAACUCGGCGGGCAAGCAGGCGGCGAGGCACGCGAGCAGUGCGAAGCCGUCUUUGUUGCGCUACUGCGCAUCUUGGGCAACCGGCACGUCAAGCCGGGCUUUGACAGGGCCGUGGCCCACCUGUCGCAGUACAACCCGCGGGAGGUCAGCGAGCACGACCGCGGCGGCGUGGCGCCGCUGGUGACCUUCAUCGAGCUGGUCAACGUGGGCGAUCUGAUUUCGCAGAUGAUUGACGUGUUCUACGAGCAGCAGCUCGCCGGGCCCAAGAUCGCCGACCGGAAUGACUUCCUGGACCCGGCCGGGCUGGCCAAGAAGAAGUUUGAGCAGAUGCUCGACGAGAGUGUCGCCGCUGGCCUUAAUAAGGGCAUCGACGUGCUCAUGGACGAGGUGGAAUACAUCUGCGCAACCACCCAGCUGCCGACUGACUACAAUCCGGGCGCCGCGACCGCACCCGACCCUACCACGUCCUCGUCCGCCUCCGUCUCCUCCUCAGCAGCAUCGAUAUCCGAAAAGCGCACGUCCAAGAUGACAGCGGGCGGCGCGAUAGACAUGGACAUCGGGCCCACGCGCACGGCGCAGCGCAUCCGCGACCUGGUGGCGUCGCACACGUCGAUGCUGGUCGGCAGCACCGACAAGUCGAUGCUCGACGUGUUCAACGGCGAGGUGGGCCUGCGCCUCUUCGCCGCCGUGUGCAAGCAUCUCAAGCGCCAGCGCAUCAGCACCGAGGGCGCCAUCAAGCUGAUCGCCGACAUGAACCUCUACUUUGAGUACAUCCGCACGCUCAAGAACCAGGACCUGCUCGCCUACUUCAAGGCCCUGCGCGAGCUGAGCCAGAUCUACCUGAUCGACCCGCGCCACGCCAAGGAGAUGGCCACCAUCAUCGCCGACGGGGAUCGCUUCGGCGGCAUCUUCAGGGCUGAAGAGGUGUAUGAGUAUGCCGAGCGCCGCGCUGAUUGGUAUCAGGUCCGAAAGGAUGUCGAGAGGGCCAUGUAUGGGCUGGAGUGUACCUUGAUGUGAAGCAAGGGUAAAACAAACCAAAAACGCUUGAAUAGGUAGUAGAUACCAUGAUAUGGAUAUUGAGCCGAGAAAACGGCA